AUGUUUAGUUACUUACAGAUUAGUGUUCCUAUCAAAAAAGGCGAGCUCGGAAAACCUGUGCAAAUUGAUGUUGGUCGAGGAGUCGGCCCAUAUUAUCAAGAAAAUCGAAGAGUUCUAAUUGAUUAUCUCAGUGGAAAUAUUGGAUUAAGUCAUGGAAUCGGAGUUCCAAUGAUUGGCCUAGGAAUCAACAAUAUGUUAAAUAUAAAGUUCCCAAGUUAUAAUGAUUUUUCAAAAAAAAGUUUGUCAUUUUUUUGA